CCAAGCAGGAAAAGGACCGAGUGAAGCAAAUUUUGUUGAUAUAGCUAUUACGUGAACUAGAUGCCAAAGAAAAACGAUUGGCAGAAAUGCAUACUGAUUAUGAAUGUCAGAUAUCAGCUUUACAUUCAAAAAUCGAGUAUGACAAAGCCGACUUUGAGAAAAGAAUGGAAGAGAUCGAAAACGACUUCAGAGACAAACUACAGGUCGAACAGAGGAAUUGUGAUCGGCGUAUGAGCACUUUAUUUCAACGUAUGGAAGAAAAAGAUGAAGAGAUUUCACAGCUCGUAAUGCAACAAAAACAAUUGGCAGAGACUGCUUCAUCAAACUCCCCUGAUAAUGACACCGCUUAUCCACGGCUCCCAUUGUCAAUCGAUCUUGGCAAAACGGACAAGAACAGUGAUACUGUUCAGGCAAAAGACGAACGUGACUAUAUUGAGUUGCAAAGCGUAAUCGAACAACUUAAAAAUCAACAGGCCCAAGCGGACGAUACGAUCUGUCAGCUGCAACAAGAAAUAAAAAGUUACCAGAACAAGCUCAACAAACAGAGCACUAAUACGGAACUGACAGAAAGUCGCUUACAACAGCUUUUUAUGGACGAAAACACACAGAAGAUGAUGCAUGCAGAAGCUCGUGUAGAGAAUCUCAAAUCUGAACAGGAGCAAACUAUUCAAGAGCUGGAAGAAGUACAUAAAAGUGAGAAAAGAGUUUUGAAAAUACAGUACGAAACGCAAUUAGAUCAGAUCACAAAAGCGCAACGACAACAAUUGCAAAAGCAGUUGACAGAAUUGGAGGAUGAGAGAGACAGAUUAAGAAAAGAGAAUAAUCUGUUAAAGAAGGAAAGCGAAACGUUGCAAAAGCAAAAUACAGAUUACCGUAAAUGCGCAAAAGAAUCAACCCAAACGCAGAAAGAACUACACACCCAAGAAAAUAAACAAGCAAUCAUACUCGCAAAGGAGCUGCUGUCUAUUCUAUCCGGUAAUGAGAGCGAAGACGAUUCGGCGUCACUCUCAAAUAUGCUGAGAAAGGUAAUAAGGUCAGCUACAAUGUUACAGUACAGGAGCGGCGGAACAGCUGAUCAGUAUGGUGAAAACAAAAGUUACGACGACCAUUAUUACUACUAGAAUAUAUGUUUUAUCGUCAUUUGGACGGGAACAUGUACUUUUCAUUCAUUCAUUCGUAUUACAAUUAUCGAUCAUCUAGAAACAUCAGCUAGGCACUCCUGUGGAGAUCUCAGAGCCUACGCUGUUUUUUCUUGACGAUUUAAAAUCAUUACACCAUUAGCUAAUCAUUAUUUAUUAAGCAUUUAUUCAUUCACAAAAGAUAUUAUAAGUCAUAAUGCUAUUCACUUAUUGUAAAUAUAAAGCGUGUAUCAUAGCAUACAUUAUACAGAUACAUUGAAGGUUCCAUUAAAUAGGUGCUCCUUCGUAAGAAGCUACUUUCUC